AUGUCGGAUUGGUAUUGGAGAGUGAUUGCCUUGAAGGCGGCUUUCGUGUUAACAUGUUUUGUUUCUUAUCUGAGAGCUGAUGAUACGAUUCAAAAAUUACCUUACUGCAAUCCACACACCGCUAAAGAUGCACCGGCUUACGACGACUUAGUCCUAGUAAGCACAAUUGAUGGCCGCUUGACAGCUUUCUCAACUGAAAAUGGAAAUAAAGCAUGGACAUUGGACACGGAACCCCUUCUAUCAUCAACUCUUCAUAAUGUGGAGCUUACAUCUGGAGGAAAAUGGGUUCGGCUAGUACCUUCCCUUCGUGGUACACUGUACAGCCUCAGCGGUGACACUUUAGAACCAUUGCCAUUUGAUGCAGACCAGUUGCUGUCAUCUUCAUUUAAAUAUUCUGAUGAUUUGGUUAUUGCUGGUGCACGAGAAACUCUCUGGGUUGGCAUAGAAGCACAUACAGGCGCAGUUAUAUACGAGUGCAGUUCAUCAGGCUGCAAUAGCGAACAGCAGACUGCCAGCGGAGGCCGCGAUGUGAUCGUAUUACGACGUCAUUCCAGUACCGUCAGAGCCUUGGAGCCACGGACCGGAACCGAGAAAUGGAACUUCAGUGUUGCCGAACAUCAGCUAGCACUUAGCAGAAGAGAAUGCGCUGGGAAGCUAAGUCCUCCGACUCCCUUGGCAAUAGCAGUGGCUUUACCGGAAGGAGUCGUUGCUGUUAGACAUCCAGACUCGCACAUAGAGAUAUGGCAACACAAGCUUGAAGCUCCCGUGGCCAACAUGUGGCGCAUGCAAGGUGGCGUCAUACAGAAUAUGGACGUGCUGUGGCAAGCUGCCCAUGCUAUCGCCGAUGUCGCAAAUACUAAUGCCGCUCCAUCGCUGUACCUUGGCAUUCAUAACACUCAGUUAUACAUUCAAGAAAGUGCGCUUUACGCUCAAAAACUCGAAACAUCGUUAGCAACAAAACCGCUGCCAUGGAAAGUGAAACAGGCCAGACCUCUGAUCGGAGACGAUACAGCAUUACAGCCAUUACCUGAUGCAUACCAGACUACACUGGCCAUCGUCAAGGACUCCAAUGUUCAGGAUAACAAAGGCUUCUUCCUGUACCUCCAAGACACCUGCGACCAAGGUGUCCAAGUGACCGAAGACUCGAUUCCAAGCCCAGACAUAGUUCUACCAAACAAUAGUGACGACCAACCCAAUCACCACCACGUGCACGUCCACGUCUAUUCUCUAUGGUUCUGGUGGAAGGAGGUCCUACUGAUCGCGAUCAGCUCAGCCCUUUUAAUGAAUCUGAUGAUAUGGCCAAGGUUUUUCGCUACAAAGGUGAGACCCAGCACUCCGCUACCGAUAAAUCAAGAGUAUAUUGUUGUGGAGCGGCACUAUGAGAGGCAGAACCCCGUGAUGGAGUACUCUGGAAGGUAUGAAAAUGACUUCACUCCGCUGAGGUGCCUCGGUCGUGGUGGUUUCGGCGUUGUCUUCGAAGCGAGGAAUAACAUAGAUCAUUGUUCUUAUGCUGUUAAGAGGAUCACGUUGCCACGGAAGGAAUCUCGUAGAGAACGAGUUCUACGCGAAGUGAGAGCCCUCGCUAAGCUGGAGCACGAACAUAUAGUGAGAUACUUCAAUGCAUGGCUCGAAGAACCGCCACCGCGCUGGCAGGAGGAACGAGACGCUUAUUGGCUGCGGGAGCUUGGUGGAGCAUCCCUUGGUUUAACAGAAGACUGCACUUCCCCAACUCCAAGGGGCAAGGAAUCACCCAAGAAAGGCGACGAGGUCAUGCUAAAUAUACACAAGUCGAUCGAUGAUUGUAUAGACGCACUCGACUUUGAGAAGAAACUGAGUGAACCAAAGAGGCUAAGGUCACUAAGUUGCAACGACUCGUUCAGUAUAAUUUUUGACGAAAACGCAUCGAAAGACCCUCACGUGACCACGGCCAUGCCCAAGUCCAUCGAAGCCACGCCCACUCCCCUGUCCCGGAAAGGCAGUGACGACGAUUCAUACAUUGUAUUUGCGAAUACAGGUGAUCCGUCCAAGGGCCUGUCGGAAGCUAGACAAGAUAUAUCAAAUAAACCACUAGAAAAGAUUAUGGAGUGUGAAGGCUACACAAAGAGUAGUAAGAAAAAGAAGGGUCACACGCGCCACUGGUCCCUGGACAUGGUUGUUCGCAGCACAGACGACAAUCAGCCUGAAGGCAGCAAAAUGUACCUCUACAUACAGAUGCAGCUAUGUCUGAGGGAUAGUUUACACGACUGGUUGAGGAACAACAGGACAUGGGAAUCCCGACAGAGUAACGUACGGGUGCAAACCCUAUUCAGCCAGAUAGUUUCCGCCGUGGAGUACGUGCACCUGGCUGGGUUAAUCCAUCGAGAUUUGAAGCCGAGCAACAUUUUCUUCGCGCCCGAUGGCAAGGUCAAGGUCGGGGACUUCGGCCUCGUAACUGCGAUGGGUGAUAACUCGCAAGAUGGGGAACAGUCUGAACAAAUUGAUUUUCAUACGCGGCACACUCAUAGAGUCGGGACACACCUGUACAUGUCGCCAGAACAGCAGCUAGGUCUUCCCUACAGUUACAAAGUGGACAUCUAUUCAUUGGGUUUGGUGCUAUUUGAACUUCUGCACCCGUUCGGGACGGAAGCGGAGCGAGUUGCGUGCCUCUUAGGGUUGCGAAGUGGCCAGUACCCGAGGCACUUUCAACAGAGCUAUCCCAAUGAGACCGAGGUAUUGAAACUGAUGCUAAGCAACGACCCGAAUCUGCGGCCGACAGCUAGUGGAGUCAAGGCGCGCGCGCCGCUUUACCAAGCCACAGACGAGCAAUGGCAUUUUACGUUGCCGACAUUGGUAACUGCGUAA